UCCUACUACUGCUACUACUCAACAAUUUCAAUUCUUGAUCAACUCAUUUUUAUCAAGGUAAUUCUGGCCAUAUUUGCAAGGCAGAAAUAAUUAUUCCUAUGAAGUCAUCAAAAAUUGCAGAAUUAAUUGAAAGGAAUAGAAAUUGUCUAUUAUAUUCGUGCCUUACAAAGCCCUCUGAUGAAUCAUUUUCAAAUACAAAAAAAGUUCUUACAGAUUUGGAUAUUCCUCUACAGAAAAUAUUUGUUGAAAAAAAUUUGUUAUGCUUCUCACUUAUCCGGGAUGAGAUGAUAAAAUCAGCCCUAACUGUAGUUAUUGGAGCAGGUCAGCAUUAUGGGCAGUCUAGAAUUCUUCAUUCAAAGAAAGUUGUUAUUACACAUGAUACAUCAAGUAACAAGACAGAUCCAGUGGAUGUAUAUCGUGGACAUGUUAUUCUCAGCCAUAUUAUAAAUAGUUUAAAGUUUGCUGGUGCUGAGGUACAAACAGUGCAUCAUAGUGAAAAGGAAAUCAUCAGGUCUACAAGUGGUGACUGCUCUGAGCCCAGUGUAAAUCACUGUGAAGAAGAAAAUCUUUCAAAGAUAUACUUAAGACGUAGUGGGAAAAGCUUAGCUUGUGAUGAUGUCAACUGGGGUGAUGUUCUGAAAUAUAGGCAUCUCAUCAGUACUGAAGCUGGGAAAGCCUGGAAAGUAUCAGCAGAAAACCUUUGUAAAAUAAUGGUGGAUGAGCUCAAGGCUGCAAUGGAGUUGAAGUAUGGCAGUGUUGCUGGUAAAGAAGCAAUGGAUUUUCUUGGCAAAGAGGCACAUCACUGUAUGACUCUAUUUUUACUGUCAAAGACCUACUCUGAUGAUCUCCGAGUUGACACCAGUGAUAAUGCUCAGAAUACUAAAGAAUGGGCCUUUGUUCUUUACAACUAUGCCCGUCUAAAGAUGAUAUUUAGGUCCUUCGAGUCAAAAGUUUCUGAUGGCUUACUGUCUCCAUUACCAGAUAUUAAGGAGAUUGAUUUCUCCUUGCUUAAACAAGAUGAGGAAUGGACUCUUGUUUGGGAAUAUGUCAUCCGCUGGCCGGAGAUCAUAGAGGAGUUUGCCACUGCCUUUGUGAAGAAUCCCACCAAAAUUAAAACAUCUACUGUUGUAAAGUUCCUCAAUGCUUUGUCUCACCGCUUUAGCAUCUACUAUCGUCGUUUUCGUGUUCUGGUGUCUGGAGAGUUUCCACAUCUAAUACCGUUGAUGUAUUCUAGAUUAUAUUUUUUUAAAUCUAUUAUGAUGAUUAUGGAUAUUUGUUUUGAUUUGUUGGGAGUGGACUCUCCUCCUGAAUGUAUGUAAGAUAAUUUAGAAUGUAGUUCUUGAUGAUAUUUUUGUAAGUCAUGUGAAAUGUACCUAUUUAAUAAAUUUAUAUAUAAAUAAA